CUAUUUUGGCUGAGUUGUUUUGUUGAAGAGUGGGAUGGCGAUGGCUGCAGCAUUGCGAUUUCUGCAGCUACUGCUGAUUUUCCCUCUGACAUGGGCAGAGGAAGAAUGCGGAACCAGCGGGUGCAAGGGCAAUGGCAAGGGUGUGCUGCUGAUGCAAACGAAGCCUGGUAGCUUACUCAAGGCUUCCGCAUCGCAGGUGGAUCUCUCAACGGUCCUGGCUGAGGUGCAAGAGUUGAAGGGGCAAAUGUCCAGCAUGAUGAACAAGAUGGACUCUUGCUGCUGUAAGGAAACAGUGACCUUCAGCCUGGCCGACACCGGCCUCUGCGCCAUUUUCGGGGACCCUCACUUCAUUACCUUUGAUGGAGCAGAGACCACCACAGUGGGGGAUAUGAUUCAAUGGCUGGUGAAGACCAGCUCCAUUCAUAUCCAAGGCUUGUCCAAAGCCAGUGAGGGUUUUGUGGCCGGCUUCGCAGCCUCAGGCAGCUUCAUGGGGGAUCACCGCUUGGUGUUGCUCAGGGAAGAGAAGGAAGGUCCCAUUAAGGUCACCUAUGAUGGGGUUGAGAUUUUGCAGGUAGCUGGUAGCUCCUUUGAUGUGAAUGGGGUCGUAAAGGCAUACCGGAGAAAUAGCUGGGACUCCGACCUCUUUGAUGAUCGGAUUCUGAGCAUGCGCACCCGCAUGAACUUUACCCUUGGUGACUUUGAGGACCGCUUCAAGAAUCUUCCUACAGAGGGGAUGUACCUCUUCAAACUUCCCAACCACAUCGACAUCACAGUCACUGGCGUUGACUGGCUGGGAGUGAUUAUCUCAAUGCCAGUUCAGGUAGGGCAGAGCGGGUACUGCGGAAACUUCAACGGAGAUGCAGAUGAUGAUGCUGAACCUGUGGUGCCAUCCUGGGAUCGGCCCAUAGGUGCAGACAUUGGACCCGUCCCAGACGCUGAGGUGAUUUUUCCUCAAGAGCCCGUGGCUCUUCUACUGGGGAAAGCCGAGAAGGCGCUGACUGAGGAGGAAGAGGUGGCGCAAAGAAUCAAGCGUAUCAAUGAGUGCCCAAAUACUCUCCUUACCAAGGCUGAAGAGGCUUGCAGCGGCUUGACCGCUGCUUACCACAAGUUCUGCGUUUUUGAUGUUUGCCUCACCCAAGACUUGGCCGUGGCAAAAUCUGUGGGCUCAGCGGCGUUUGUUCAACACAAAGUGAACGCCCGAGGGGUUCCAAUCUUCAUGGGCCAUGGCCGAUGCUUGGACCAGCAGGGCAAGGAAUUCCGCAGCUUUCACACCAAGCUUCGCACUGACACUGCAUGCCAGCACCUCUUGAGAACCUUGAGCCUCACAGAUGGUGUCAUGGGAGCCCAGUUGAAGCGAGGUGGCACCUGUGAGGUGUUGACAGUGAAAGAGGUGGAUCCCACCAAUGUACCCAUUCCGGGUGGCUGGGGCAUUCCCCCAGGACCCAGCAAGGCUGAAGAUGUUCAGAUUCGACUGGUCCCAAAAGUGGCAGAGUCGGCACAUGCUGAGGAUGUGAAAGUUGCGAUUGCAGCAGGCGGAAAGGGUUUGGUCGCAGCCACUACGGAUGAGGCAGCGUAUAACUGCUGGCAGUUGAACUAAUAGCAACGAGAGAGAGAGCCCAGUGCUCAGGUGCACAGAUCUGACAAGUGGGUGCGGCCUGUGGCUUGCUACGAAUGGCAUGUGCAUGGUGUUUUGAUGUAAAGAUUCCCGGCAGCUUUCUCCGCAUGGCCGGUGAAGUGCUUUGUGCAGGGAAAUCAUGAAUUUGCCGGGGGUGGUUUGACUUGGCCAAACUGAGAUGCAGUUGUUACUCCAACAGUGGCAUUUUUAUUUGGGCAAAAACACAAGGCACGCAUGAUGGUCCGUAAAUGAAAAGAUAAGUGCCUUACUUUUGAAGUCAACCAAGAUCCUCCGGCUGAGAUGCAGUCGCCAGCAACGUCUGGUGAAGCUGCUUAUAGUCUCAUGUGUGCAACAAUUCACACAUGCAGUCUGGCCGAAAAUCAUCUCUGAUACAGUGUAUACAAUGCAUCAACCCAGUCAGGGAUCGUGAUUGGCCAA